AUGGAGGAUGUGCUUAAAUUUUAUAGUCUAAAUGAAUCAAUUAAUUAAUUAAAACAAUAAUCCUGCAUAAGAACCUUUCCGUAACUAUAUAUCAGCAAAAAUAAAUUGACUUAAAUAAUAUCAUAAUAAUAUGAUAAUCCUAUGUAAUAUAAACCAAUGCCUUUUGAGAUUGUAUCAUUGAGUGAAGUUAAUGAUUAAAAAGAAGAAUCGUCAAUUAUUUAAAAAGAAUAGACUUUAAUACUUAAUAAAGAAUUACAAACUCCAUUAGAAUUAAAUUUAUAACUAAAAGCUAAAAAAUGUAUGAAUCUUUUAGAAGGAUAAAGUAAACAUGAAAAAGAGCAAUAAAUAAUGA